AUUGGUGCUCUCUCUCUUUCGGCGCCUGGUGCGCCUCGUCGACGCACACCUGAAGGCUUAUCAGGCUGCAGCUGGUGCUCGCGGCGUUCAUUUUGUCUGCGCUGAUGACAAUCAUCGCUGUCAUAUAUGCGUACCUGUCCGACUCUCUUCCUGAGGCAUGCUUGAAUGAAAUCGAUAAGAAACAGAUCUCAAAUUUCCAAGCAGGUCUGAAGGCCUCAAGCGCAGCACGGAUCUUGCGCAGCUUACGGGGCUGUUGCGGUACUCUAAAGAGAAGACUUGCUCAUGAGAAAGAGGAACAUGUUCCGCAUCGUCGAAAACUCAACCGUGUGCAGCGGGAGGAAGCUAUCACGCGAUUCAUCCUCUGCCUCAGCGAUCAGCAGCUCGCAACGGGCCUUGCUAUCUUACUCGCGGCCAUUGCGAAUCAAUGCACACUCUCUAGCGAUGAGUUUCGAAUCGCAAUGGCCCUCGCCUGGUUUUCGGCUACCACGCAUCUUGCCACAUUAGGUUCGCUCAAACAAUACUUCAUCACAAACAGCGAGAUCCGCAACUGGAGAGUCUUCGGCAUGGUGAUCCUCCUUGUCCUUCUGAUUUACUGCUUCGUUGUCACACUAGCGUUGGAAGGUGCUGACAACACCAUACCGGUGCAGUGCACGAUCAACCACGGAGCAUCCCCCCUUGCGUUCUAUUGGAAUGUGGGAUGGUUUGAUUACCUAUCGUGGAUCCUUGCGUUGGUCAAGCUCAUAGAUGGCUAUAAGUCGAGAGUCCUACAGUCGUAUGACUAUCAUUCGAGCUUCUCUCUUGAGCUGGCCGUUGUCAUCCUUCGACUUUUAGCCGCCUACAACAAAAAGAUACCAAAGAAAUCCAGGAAGGAAUGGAUCAGAGUGCUUGGUGAAUGGGCGGCCGAACAAUCUUCGAUUUCUCGCCGACGGCUUCUGGGGAAAUUUCAGGAGUGCAAGAGGGAAAAGGCAAAACGGCCCUUUUCAUCCCGACUCAGGACCCGAGUGCUAGUCGGUAAAUUGAUUGAUGAGGACUAUGUCGACUCUUUGCUGCCUCAGCUUCCACUGUUUCUAUUAGCCUACGGCUUUGCGCAGAUGGCGUACUUUCGUUGGGGCACAACCGCGCUUCGGAUCGACUCCUCUAUGGGAUUUGGCCAGAUCACACCGAUAUUUCUGCUCGUUCUUCCGAUUCUUGCGGGUGGCGAGAUAUACUAUGAAACAGCAACACAUGCCCAACAUCGCACGAGCGAGAGAACUACCCCAUACAAUGAGUCCAGUGAGCGAAGCUCUUCAUUCGAGGCUACCGCAAUCAACCGCGCAAACACACUUCCGCCCAUGUGCUCUUCCGGCACUAGCGACCCCGAGCUCUCCGAGCUUGAAGUUUCAGGUCAGCGUUACGACGAAAAAAUUUCAUACGUCAAAAAAUACUUUCGUCGGGAAUCCAAAGUCAUUCAAGAGGCCAUAUCAUCCGCCCUUGACGAAGAGCAUAUGCGGCAAGCCCUCAAAAUGAAGCAAGCCGUGCUAAGGAAGACAGAAGAGCUUCAAAAAUUGGAGCCCGACCUUAAUGACAUCUUGUCGGAGGUCCAAGUUCGCCGCACGUGGGGAAUAAUUCAAGCCGUCACUUUGGGAAUUCUGCUGAAUAUACCAAUUUCCCCCGAGGUUUUGUUUGGAGCCCCAAUACUUUUCACACAAAAUGUCCUUCAGCUGUUCGUUCGCGCUACAAAGUUCCUCGCAGUACUUCGCCGGCUGCGAGCCGAAAUCAGGGCUGGAUCCGGGAAUGAAUCUUAGCAUGUAAAUCAUCCGGAAGCCAGACUUAGAGAGAUUCCUGAUUCUAUCAGCCUCUGCGCGAAGACCCAAUUCCGCUUCCGCUUCCUUCUCGAAUCAAGCAGAGCCAGAUGGAGCUGUCAUCAAGUUUGUUCGGAAGGCACCCUACGCAUAGGCCCCGGUCUUCUACUCAUUUCAUCGGCAGACCUGUCACCGGAGCGUUGGACUACCGCCGAUCUCGCAAGCUUCUAUGGGUUCGUCGACACUAUCUCACCGACGGACGAGAUCUUAUGGCAUUGCUGAUGCCGAGGCCCUGCAGCUGGAGACGUC